AUGUUGGACUUUUACAGUGUGUUUGUUAUGGUGUUCUACCAAAGCUCUGUAAUUGGUUCUGUUACGGAGUUUUAUGUCGGAGUGGCCAUGAUUUUUGAUGCCAAUACCCCUUACGACGUGGAGAGGGUAGGACCGGCUAUAGAUAUCGCCAUUGAAAGGGUUAACAGGGAAAUCCUCAAUGGCUCGUACAGGGUGGUCAAGAUAGAGCGACACUACGGGAGCGUUUGUAGCAAUUCCCGGGCAUCAGGAGUGGUGGCCGAUAUGUACUACAGACAUGGUAUAAACGCCUUGAUUGGACCGGCUUGUGCGUAUGCAUUGGAUCCUGUAGGUCGUCUGGCCAACUACUGGAAUAUUCCGCUCAUUACAGGUCUGGGAGAUGGUGGUAUGUUUAAAAACAAGACCAAUUAUCCAACCCUCACCAGACUUGCUUAUUGCCAGUGUAGACUACGGAGGGUACUGGGUAGUAUAUUUGAGGAGUUUCAUUGGACAGAUGUAGCCAUUGUAUAUGACGUCAAUGAUGUUCACUCGGAAGUCCUCGGGUCCACCCUGAAGGUCGGUCUCCAAAAGCAAACUAUAUAUCCUUUCAUGUUUCCUUAUUACGGAAAAGACAAUCCCGAUUUCAAAGCUAUCCUUACAGAGGUCGCCAUGGUUACUAGAGUGAUAGUCCUUGUUGCUCCUGGAGAGUCCGUGCGGAACCUCAUGUUAUCGGCUUUCGACCUUGGCUUUAUAAACACUGGCGAAUUUGUUUUCUUCGAUAUCCAUCUAUUUUCUUUCCCUGGGGAAUAUUGGGGCAACCACGACUGGAGACGACACGACACACGUGACCAAGAUGCCAGGAAAUCAUACGAAGCUAUGUUUAGAAUCAGUCUUCAAGUCCCGAUAAGUGCCGAGUGGACGAACUUUACAAGAGAAGUCAAGUUGAAAGCUCAGCAAAUGUACAAUUUCUCAUUUUCUGACGAAGAGGUGAAUUUUUUUAUCGGAGCUUUCCAUGACGCAGUGCUGUUAUAUGGAAUCGCCCUAAACGAGAGUCUCAACAACAUCUCAGCGCUAAACGACGGCUACACAUUCACCAGAGCGAUGUGGGACAGGACAUUUCAAGGUGUAACCGGAAGUGUGAUUAUAGACGAUAAUGGGGAUCGGGAUACAAGCUAUUCCAUCCUUGACUUGGACCCAAACACAGGCGAAUUUCACGUUAUCGCUAACUUUUUCGGAGAUCGACAAUGGUACAAUCCUGUUCCCACAAAGUCUGUCCACUGGGCUGGGGGCAGAACAGAACCCCCUCUUAAUACACCUUCGUGUGGCUACCAGGGAGACGACCCUAUGUGUUCUAAGAAAUGUCAGUUGCUAUUUCAGACAGUAAAGGCACAUACUAUGAUAUCUUGA